AGCCCAUUGGCGGGAUGGGGCGAGACGGGGCGUGGCCUGGGGAGCCCGGUCAGCGUGAUGGCGGCGGUGGCGGCUGCGAAACCGACCUCUCGGCGCGUGGGCUUCGUGGGUGCGGGCCGCAUGGCGGAGGCCAUCGCGCAGGGCCUCAUCCGAGCAGGGAAAGUGGAAGCCCAGCACGUGCUGGCCAGUGCACCAACGGACAGGAACCUCUGUCACUUCCGGGCUCUGGGCUGCCAGACCACCCAUUCCAACCAGGAGGUGCUUCAGAGCUGUUCCCUCGUCUUCUUUGCCACCAAGCCCCACAUCUUGCCCGCCGUCCUGGCCGAGGUGGCCCCUGUGGUCACCGCCGAGCACGUCCUGGUGUCUGUGGCUGCCGGAGUUCCUCUUAGCUCCCUGGAGGAGCUGCUUCCUCCACACACGCGGGUGCUGCGGGUCUCCCCCAACCUGCCCUGCGUGGUCCAGGAGGGGGCCAUGGUGCUGGCCCGGGGCCGCCACGCGGGGAGCAGCGAGGUCGAGCUCCUGCGGAGUCUGCUGCAGGCCUGCGGGCAGUGCGAGGAGGUGCCUGAGGCCCAGGUGGAUGUCCACACGGGCCUCAGUGGCAGUGGAGUGGCCUUCGUGUGCGUGUUCUCUGAGGCCCUGGCUGAAGGCGCCAUCAAGAUGGGCAUGCCCAGUGGCCUGGCUCACCGCAUCGCCGCCCAGACCCUGCUGGGGACAGCCAAGAUGCUGCUGCAGGAGGGGCAGCACCCGGCCCAGCUGCGGACGGACGUGUGCACGCCGGGCGGCACCACCAUUCAUGGCCUUCACGCCCUGGAGCAGGGCGGGCUGCGGGCAGCCACCAUGAGCGCCGUGGAGGCCGCCACCUGCCGGGCCAAGGAGCUCAGCAGGAAGUAGGGUCCCAGAGCAGCCCUGCCCGCAUGUCCUCUCCCAGCCCCUCCCUGAGGACUGGUUCUCUGACCCCUGGGGCCUCACGGGGGAAUGCGAGGGGCAGGACCGGAGGGACCCUGAGCGUCCAUCACCUGGCCACCAUCCAGGGGCCGUAGCUCCGAGGCCUGAGCACUGUGGUGCUGGUCGGCCCGUGGCCUGCCACUUGGGGGCACAGGAGAGCUUGGGGGGGUGGGGACAUAGGAUCUGCACGAGACCUGCUCCCCGAGUGAAGCCAGUCUGUCCUGUUAGUGGGGUGGCCUGGGGCCUUGAGGGGGCCUUGUGGGGGAAGGGCAGCAUCAGGGUUGGAAGGAUGGGCCUUGGCCAGUGGGGACCACACCCUGGCUUCAGCUGGCAUGGCCCUCCCGGAGACCCCAGGCUCCUGGCAAGGGGCAGGUGUCGCUGUCUCUGGUGAGCCUUCUCCGUCAAGUCCUGAGGGUCCCAGGCCUCUGGCUGCAGGUCCUGGCCCUCCCCAUGUCCCCGAACAGACUGUCGGGCUGUGGGGCCUUUGGUGGGGGUGGCCCGCGGCUCUGUCCCCAAGGCUCACCGAGGCCCCAGAGGCUGGCGCUCCCCUGGCUUCCACCCGGUUCCCGCUGCCACCUACCAGGGAGUCACCUGGAGGGCGCUGGGGCCCUACACAGCAGCCACCCGCCAUCCAGGCCGCCCCAGGCGGUCCCUCCUCCACCGUUCCUGCCUCUGGUCGGAGGGUCUGCCAGAGUCCAUUUCGCAGAGGAGGGCUUUCUCUACUGUGAGGUGGGAAUAAAGUCGCUGUCCUG